AUGGAGUUGAAUGUCUCGCAGACGACAACCGACCAUCCCCCUCCUCCUGUAGACUCUGUCCAGUCGGUCAUAGCAAACAAUAGAAUCUUCUAUGAAAUCGUCAACGAGGUGGGUCUCGGCACAUUGGUUGCCGUCUUUGGACUGCCGGCCAAUGUCAUUAACCUAAUUAUAUUUUACCAGCACGGACUGAAGAAAAGCAACAACCUGGUUUUGUUUGGCCUCUCGCUGUCAGACCUGGGCUGUCUCGUCUGCCUUCUGUGGUUCGGGAUCUGCAAGAAUCCACUCAGCUCAGAGCUCAUUCGCGUCACUCCGGGCGUCUGUUAUCUAACUGGUGGCUGGUCACGUGGCUACUUCUCGCGCGUGACCGGAUGUAUAACGGCGUACAUCGCUGCAGGACGCUGCCUGUGUAUCACCUACCCGCUCAGGUUUCGCCAGAUGCCUAGUUGUUUAAAAACUGUGAUCGUCCUUCUCUUCAUCUACACACUGUGUGCUGUACUCAUCAUACCAGAGUACAGCAUCGCGUACAUAGGCUGGAAGUUCAACACAUCCAAGAACCAAAGCUAUAUUGACCUCUACCUGAAGGAAAACUGGUCUCAGCUAGAGCGACUCGCUUACAUCAUUAACGCAGUGUUUGGACUUACGAUAUUCCUUGCUCUGACGUGUUUUACCGUCCUGCUUGUGGUCAGCCUCCAGCGAAACUCCAACGUUCGCCGAUCUAUAACCUCCAACCUUGAGCUCUCAGUGGCCAUCGACCAAAAACGAAAGAAAACAACCAAAAUGAUCACAUUAAUCGCCUUGAUGCUAAUCCUAACCAAUGCAACCGGUGUUGCUAUUGGCAUCACGUCGUUCGUUGAACCCCGGUUCACAGUUCGAGCCGAGUUCUCAGACUUCCUACUGACGGCCUGGACGUUUGGCAAUUUGUUAGAGUCCAUUAACUCAGCCGUCACCAUUGCUAUUUACUACGUUAUGAGUUCAAAGUUCAAAUCAACUUUUAACGAAAUAAUCCUCAGACGAAAACAAGUAAAGAUUAAAGAAGAGAUCAACAUCAUUUCAACAUAA